UUUUAUUUUAAGUAAGCCUUUGGAGUCGAGCUCUUCAUUCAAAACCAAAGAAAACCCUAUUAGGUCUCGGCUUCUUCAUCGUUUCCAAUGGCUGAUUCUCCAGUCAAAAGGGAUUCACGCUCUCCUUCGCCUUGGAGAGAGCAGUCGAGGUCUAGGUCAAGAUCGUGGUCAAGGCCCAGGCCUAGGUCUAGAUCCAGAUCAAGAUCAUUGCCAAGGCUAAGGCAUAGGUCACGGUCACGAAGUCGUGGAAGAUCAAGGUCUAGAGAUCAUGACAGGACGGAAGUUGUAAAUCCUGGAAAUACACUAUAUGUGACAGGGCUGUCUACAAGGGUCACAGAAAGGGAUCUUGAAGAACAUUUCUCAAAGGAGGGAAAGGUUGCUUCUUGUUUUCUUGUUGUGGAGCCACGGACACGCAUUUCUCGUGGGUUUGCUUUUGUUACAAUGGACAAUGUUGACGAUGCCAAUCGUUGUGUGAAAUAUCUCAACCAGUCAGUUCUGGAGGGGCGAUAUAUCACUGUGGAAAAGUCACGGAGGAAACGGCCAAGAACUCCAACGCCAGGACACUAUCUUGGGCUGAAGAAUACCAGGGACUAUGGCUCUCGUGGUGAUCGUGGUGGUGAUCGUGGGGGGGAUCGUGGUAGGUAUCGUGGUGGCUAUGGUCGUGAUGACCAUCGCAGGUCUCCAAGGCACUCUCCUUAUCGUGGUGGUCGUGAUUAUUCUCCCAGGCGCUCUCCCUAUGGUGGACGAUCACGGAGGGACAGGUCCAGGUCCCCUUAUUCUCCUAGAGGCUCUAGGUGAGACAGGCCUUAAGUUAUUUUGUGAAGUGGAAAUCAUGGUGAUGUAACAAUAUUUGCUUAAAUUUUAAGCAAAUUAUGUGUUUAUUGUGAGAUCUGAGUUCACUUGUUUACAUCCUCCAAGAAACAUGUAGUUGUGUGUUGUUACUGCACUUUCUUUCCUUUGAACGACUGGGUAAUAUGAAAUAGUAAGAUGGUAUGCGUGAGACUUGUGUAAUGUUUGAGCUUCUUCUGCGUGAUUGUUAUGGUGGCAAA